CUCCGAACCUGUGACAGCAGUUCUAGGAGCUGAAAACCUACAAAGGAUGGAGAAGAAAUGUCAACAGAGGAUUCCAGUCAGAAAAAGUUACAAGCAUCAAAUCAAUCAGAAAGCCCCAUUUGAUUUUGAUAUCAUGCUUUUGAAGCUCCAGCGCAAUGCCACUCUGAACAAGUACGUGAACGUCAUUCCGCUGCCUGAGAAAGGGGAAACCGUGCCAGCAAACACCAAGUGCCUGAUGUCCGGAUGGGGGAGGAGAAAACCUGACGGUCUGGCUGAACACUUCCUACGCGAUGUGACGCUCAGAGUCCAGAGCAACGAUGAUUGCCGAAAUGAUUGGAAGAAAUACUUUGUUAGAAACAGAAUGAUGUGCACACAUUUUGAUGGCAAGGGAAUCUGUCAGGGAGACUCCGGAGGACCUCUCAUUUGUAACAGAAAAGCCCAUGGGAUAGCUUCCUUCACUGACACGCCAUGCGACAAAAAGCUUGCAAAUGUGUACAUGAAAGUGUCAUACUUUAUUCCCUGGAUAGAAGAAAACAUGCGCAACUGA